ACUAAUUUCCACCAUAUAUACCUGUCACGAGAGAGACCUGCCCUCGUUUACUAUCUAAUUUUCAUUCUAGAGCUCAAAAUGAACGCCCCAGAUCGUUUCGAACUGUUCCUGCUCGGUGACAACGAGAAGAAGGUUGAAACCAAGGACGAGACCCAGGUCCCCAAUACCUCCGUCUUCACCUUCAACAAGGAGGACCACACCCUCGCGAACAUGCUGUCCCAGCGCCUCCUCAAGUACCCAUACAUUACCUUCUCCGCCUACAAGGUACCUCACCCUCUGUUCGCUACAUUCGAGCUCCGCGUCUCCACCGACGGCAGUAUCACUCCCAAGGAUGCUGUUGUCAAGUGCUGCCGCGACAUCAUUACCGACCUGGAGACUCUGAACCGGAGCUUCACCACGGAGUGGCUCGGCAAGCGCAUCGUCUCUGAAGGUGAUGCGGAGCGGGCCGCCCGCGAGCGUGACUUUUAG